ACAACUACUGUGGACUUUUACAAAAUGUCUGAAAAAAACAGAAAUGAUCAAAAAGUUUCAAUAUCUUCAAGAAGUAUUCAGUUCAUGAUAGCAAUAUUUGGAAUAUUUUCAUUUACACUAGUCAACAUCACAGUUAUUGUGAGACAAUUUCAUCCAAAGUGGAAAGAUUCCCCAAGUUCUAUGAUAUUACAAACUGGAAUAACUCUGUUUGGUUUCCUGAUAAUCAUAUUUCUUGUUGUAAUAAGUCAAUUGAAUAAAACGUCCGAAAUGUUAAUAGAAGAAGAGAGUAAACGUGAAUCAACAGAUAAAGAAGUAUUGGCUCGUCAAGAAACAAAAGAUGAUACAUACAUAUUAUCCGUUUAAUAUUCAAUUUAUCCAAGUAUCUUUACAACGGUUAUCAUCAUGAUUUAUCAUAUUUAAUAUUUUAAACAUUUCAUAAACAAAUGAAUUAAUAAACUCCCUAAGAAUUCAUUAUUAUUUUUGCCUUUAAGUUGUAUUAUUUAUUGGGCAUUGGGUAAACUUAAAUGAAUCAAAACAACAAUAACAUAAUCUCACUAGUUGAAAUCAUGAGUCAUUUGAAGCUAGACCACCAUGGAAAAUCUGGAAGCAAUGGACGGUCGUUUCAGCCUAAUAGGGGACUCCUCAGCAGUGACCAUCCACGAUAAUAAUAUAAUCUAUUGAUGAAAUAAAUCAUUUUUGUAAUUUAAAUCACGAACUGGUUUUAGCUACAUUAUCUUUAAAAACUUGAGGGUACUAGACAAUUGUUUCUUCCUAGUAUAGAACUUCUUAGUAGUGAGUAAUCACAACACAAUGCUUCUUGAUCCCAAUAAGAUCAGUUCGUCAUUUAAACUAUGAAAAAUCUAUUAUUUUCAUAAAUUCCCCCAACUCCAUACAAAUAAAUAAUCCUUAGAGCCUAGGUAUAUUAGAAUCAGUAGUUUCUAAGACAAAUAUCAACCAUAGUUGUAUGAGACGAAAACCUUUGUAAUUUAAGUUAGAGUUUACCAUUUUAAAAAAUAUUUUUUAUAAGGUGUGAUCAAUAUUGGUGGGGUCAUUUUUCUAUUCACUUCAAUUGUUAAAUCAUUUAAAGAGAUGGUGAUCUAUUACAUAAUCAAUUACGUAAAUAUUCAUGAUGGAUAAGUGGAAAAACAGAGAAACUUAGUUCAUAGGAUGUAAGAUUUCAGAAUAAGCUUGUAAAUUCCUUACAUUACGAUCCACUUCAUUUCUUACAUGAGUUUGGUAGCACUUUAGUUCAGUUUAUUAGUAAAGCCACCUCUUCACUUAGUGUUUACACACUUGAGUAAUAGGUUGGACCUGUGUAUGGGAAUAAUGCAUAUCAUUAUCUGAAACGGAUGAUCAACUAACAGAAGAGUAAGAAAGACUAAUACUGAAAAAUUAGUAAUACUUUUGUUUUACCGGAACGAAAAAUAAAUGAACUGGUAGAAAUUAAUUAUGGACUAUUAUUAAAUAUAUUCCUAUUGGAUAAUUAUUAAGUGAGUAGAAUAUAUAUACCUUUUAUCAUAAGCUUCCAUUUGGCCUAUUGGCUAUUAUUAUACGAUUUACUAUUUUUAACUUAUUCCCAGUUUAUCAGUUACAGUAUCCUACACUCACAGUUACUUCUGGUUUCAUGAGGUCUGGUUUUCUCGUAUAUGAACCACGUAUGUUUGAAAUGUGAUUCAUGCAGAGAAAGCUGAGAUAGUGAUCUAAACUGAAUGGGCUGGACUAGGCGAGAAACUACUACAUCAAGGACCAAUAAGGAUACAGAGUUGUUUCAAGACUGGUGGUCAUAUGAGUCAGUAUUCUGAUUGGUGACUUUUUCAUGUGAUAUUUGAUGGGGCGUAGGAUACAACAACUUUUAGCUUAUUUACUUAAACGUUCUUUCCAUUUAAAAUGUUACGUAAAUGUUUAUCUGCUUUUUGGGUCUGUGUAGAACCAAGAUUCUUAUCUGUUCACAUAUGAUGAUGUUUGCUAAGGAGCUAGUCUUAUAGACUUGAUCUGAUCUUUACUUUUAACAUAAAGUCGUACGAUGCAAUUUUGAAUCGCAUAUUGAUGUAGAUGUUUGUUUUGGAAACAAAAUUAUCAGAGCCAUUAACAUUAUUAGGCUUCUAUAUGGUUCUCAUAAAUAUACAAAGUACACAUUCUGUACAUACUCCUCACUGAAUAGUCUAUCUGUUUUUUCAUUUGCACAUAUUUAUAUUUAUAUCCGACAUUGCUGAGUAAACCUUGCUUGUAUAAAAGUAAGAAAAAUGACUAUAUAAUAUAGAUACUAUACUUACCAUGUAAAUAUCCUACAUAUAGAACAGUUGAUUAACUAAUAUCCCAUCCAAUUAAGAGUAAUUUUGGGAAGAACAUUUAGUUAAUAAUAUUUUUUUGUAAACAGUUUUUCAAUUUUUUAUAUCCUACAUGCAACCCUUUAAUAUUUAACUAAAUUUAGGAGGCGAUAAAUUUCCAGUAAACAAAUGUUAUAUUCUAAGCAUAGAUGGAUAGUAGCUAGAAGUGAAAUCCAGAACGCACUGGAUAUACCUGCAUACGAGGUGUAGGUAUAUCCAGCUGACCAGUCCCAAAUAGGAUGAAACGCGCCUCCUGAAUUCCACUGCUAACUACCAUCCAUCUUCGUUUGUAAUGCUUGUGACUUAAGUCAAUAUCAGGGUAAUCUGUACAGGGUAUACAUAUAUCAAUAUGAGACUGAUUAAUUGCAGUCCUAAAAAGAUUCAAAUGAACAAUACAAAAUGUAUUGAAUAUUAUAUUUCAACAGUUGAGAUCAUGAGUCAAUUGAAGCUAGACCACCAUGGAAAACCUCGAAGGACUGAACGGCCGUUUCGUUCCAGUAUGGCACUCCUCAUCAGUGCGCAUCCACGACCCCGCACCCCGCGAGAUCCGAACCCAUGACCCAUCAGUCUCGCGCCAGGCACCUAACCAACUAGACCACUGAGUCGGCAUCCAGCGGUGUUAAUGUCUAACUUCAACGAAUCCACGAAGUUGAGCCACCGUAUACCAUUGUCUUCAGUGAGCUGAUAUCUCACAAUAGACCUGCAUGAACUCCUCAGGUCACUGCUUCUCACUAAAACCCCAGGAAAUACCUUUUGAAGCCAGUCACCAGUGAGCAUAUGUUAAUUAGCAUCAGAAGGGGUUUUGUGGAGAUUGUAGUAAUUUCAACAGUUGGGACUGAUAGGUCCUGAGUUCGAACCCCGCGAGGCGGGGUCGUGGAUGCGCACUGCUGAAGGGUUCCACAAUAGGAAGAAACGGCAGUCCAGCGGUUCCAGGUUUUCCAUGGUGGUCUAGCUUCAAUUGACUCAUGAUCUCAACUGCUGAAAUUACUACAAUCUCCACAAAACCCCUUCUGAAUAUUAUAUUGUUAUUUGCAGUUAUUUAAUAGAUAUCCUUGUUGAAAAUAUAACUUAAAAUGUUUGUUCCAUUGAAAGAUCAUAAAUAACAUUCAAACAGUAUGUGAUAAAUUCAGUAUUAAAUGUUGUGUAACGGAUAGGAAUCAAAAAAACAUCAGACAAUUAUGAUUCUUUAAUCUGUAGAGCAUAGUACAAAAUAAUUUAGUAAAGUAUUUAGUUUAUUUAAAGAUGCUUUUCGAUAAUGUAAUAAGAAGACAAAAAUAAUCAGAACUAUGUGAUGGUAUAUUAGAGCAAUACAUUUCGAACAAUCUGAUCUGAUCUGUACUUGUUAAGAACAUUUAUAUUAUAAAAAUUAAAGGAUAACUAGACUGGAAAUGGGGGUAAGAAGUGACAAGGGUAAUAAUAAUAAUAAUAAAAAUAACGUGUGGUCAGAUUGUUCGACAUGUAUUCCGCUAAUAUACCAUCACAUAGUUCUGACAAUCUUCGUCUUCUUAUUACAUUAUCGAAAUUUAUGAAAGAGAUUAAAUGCUUUAAAGAUGUUUGCUUCGAAAAUGUUCUACUAGAAUAAACAAUCAGAAGAUUUAUGCAUUAUUCACUGUGUUCAUUGUGUGUAAAUAUAUUCACUUAAGUUUCUGAGUAUAUAAUCUGUCUAGAAUUUAACUCUUUAAUUUGAAUAAAGAUGACAAUGAAUAUAUCGAUGGUAUUUGUAGUGAAUAGUAUUUUCAUCCAUGAGUUUCGAAUUUCAUAUAUUCGAUCGUUUUGAUGGUAAGAGUUUGAGUUCCUCCAUGUUUUUAAGCUAAUGUUUCAUUCAAUUUUUUUCCCCUAAUUACAUUUUAUUUACUCGUUAAAUGAACAUUAUGUUUCAAAUACAUUGUGUAUUCAUGAAUUCAAAAACUAUCUUCACUUUCAUAUAGUUAUACAAUAACAAUUAUAGUUAAACGUUCAUAGUUGUUCAUUGUCAAAUAUUACCAUUGAACUUGGUAAGUCAAAUCGAAUCACUAAGAAUUGGAACUAAUUCUAUUUAUUACAAUUUACUGAUGUAAAUAUACUUAACCAUCUGGCUUUAGAUGGUUGUACAAUCGAAUCACAUUACUGACAUACUCAGUAAAAAUAAAUGUAUUUGUUAUAUCUGUUAUACUGACGGAUGAACUAAGGAAGAUAAAAAUGAAUUUGUGGACAAUGAUAGGAAAAUCGUUGACAAUAAACAAUCGAUAGAACAAAAUGUUAGCUACUCAUGAAGAAGUUUUUUUUGGAUACUUCUUUCUGAAGUUUGUACUGAAAAUGGUUUCUAGAAAUUAAACUAUUUAGCACAAAGAACUCAACUUCAUCCAAUUCUUCUUUAUAAAUUAUAAAUUUUCCCCCAUUUUAUUUGUAGUGGAUUAUCUUUGAGACGAUUCCUUGGACUACUUAUAUCACUCGCCCUGAUAACUGUUAUUGAAUAAAUCUCAACAGUGUAUAAAUUGCAGGAGGCAACACGAAGCACCGACUACAGAUUAUUGUUGAAUAACACAGAUCACUAGGUCACAAGCACACCAAGAGAAUUCGAGCAGAAAUGUUAAUGCGAGCGAGUGAAUACAUAUAUGAACUAAGAAUCGGAUAAAGAAUAGAAUGAAAAGACCAAUAAAUGAAUAAGAUAUAAAUACACAUAAAUGAAAAAGCGAACGAUUCAUCGAGCGAUUAAAGCAACUAACAUUUAAACAAAUUACAUGGGAUAUGUGCGUAGGAUGUCACAUGUGAUCAAGCGUACAUGUUCAUACGGACAUGGUAAUAAUACCAAAAUAUACAAAUUGUUAUUGCACGAACAAUACUGUCUGUUAGAUAAGUCUAUUGAAAGACUUAACAAAAUUAAACGUAAACAAAUUGAAGUGUACGAUGCGUGUUACAUAUUUCUCCUUGUACAUUUAGAUUGUAUACAUGAGCUUAGAAAAAAUAAAACCCCUUUCAAAGAUAAUUUAAUAAGGGUAAAACAACAACAUAUUAUAUAUUUCAAUUAUAAAAUGAAUAGAAUUCAUAUAUCCCAAACUUAUUUCAUUACUUCCGAAUCUAAGCUUUUUAUAGAUUUUAUGCCAUAGAUGUUAGUGAGGUUUUAAGUUUACUUGCUCACUGUGAAAGUGGUUUAGAUCAUCUUUGAUAGUUGAGGAUUAGUCUCAGUUUAAAUAUCAUUGUGUAACUCAAAUGUUAUUUCAUAAAACUUAACGGAGUUUUACUACAAAAGUGAAUGUAAUUACAACGAAACAAGCUCAUUGUGUUAUUAAAGGAAGAAAUGAAAACAGCAUUCAGAAAAAAUUCGUAUCACUAGGUGAAGUUAUAAAACCCUAUAAUAGUCUAUUGAAAAAUAAAGAAAAGAUCAUAUCAUAAAGUGCAUGGAAACUUCAAAUGUUAUUGUCAUAAUUAAAUAACAGAUUAAACAAACUACCUUUGUACAUAAAGGUUAACUUUGUACUUCUGAAUCUCUGAAGCCUUUCUUGAUCUGUGAUUCCUUUUGAGCUUGAUUAUUUGACCAUAUAGAUGAUUUUGAAAGAUACUUUAAAAGAGGCAGUUUGAUUAGAAUUUCAAACAUAUUCCAAAAUUAAAUUGUUUAUUGUUUUGAAUUCCCCUUUCGAAAGGUAAAUAGGUUAAUCCUAAGAGAUCUGUUUAGAAGUAUAUCGAAAACUCUUCUCACUAAUAACAAUUAUAUUAAAAACAUAUUCUAUAUACACUUGAAACUGCUGUCAACUUCAAAAUUAUUCUAAUGCAGUUUAUUUAAAAAACAUUUGAACAUAAUAUAUUUUACAAGAGGAUGAAAAAAACAGUACACAUACCGAUUGUAACUUCUUCAUUGUUGGCAUGAUCAACGGCUAGAUAUGCACUCUACUAAAUCACAAAAGAAAUUAUCCGUUUCAUUCAAAAAACCCUCUCUAUUCAAAUAGUUCAUGAAUUGAAAUAUAGAUUAUAAUUGCUUUUCAGUUAGAACUAAAUAAGUGACUUUAUUACGACCAUUUCAUUACUAAUUAAUAGGAAAAAUAAAUCCGUAAAUAAAAGUUUAUUGGUAGAGUGGGGUUAAUUGAAACUAUAGAAUUUUCAUAUUUUAAAUCUUUAGUUGAUUGGUGUCUAGUUUCAAGACGUGACUCCUGAAAUUCUGUACAGAAGCUAUGACCGGUAGAGUUCAAGCAUAUCAUGUGUGGAAUAAAUGUCCACCCCAGGAUUUGAAAGGUGGCCGCCUGAUUUCAUAAGCUGAUUGGAAUUAUACAUGUACACCAUUGAAUACGAGUUCAAUGAUUUUGAAGUUAAGCAUUUCAGGGCUAAACCGAAAGUUCUGAGUUCGAUCCACAGUAAUAGAGUUAUUUGUUCGGCAAUGAAACAAAAAUGAUCAACUAUUCGAGAUUUCAUUACUAAAGUUAACAGUGAAUGAGCAAGCAAAAGAUUAUCUGGUAAAGAAAGAAGAAACGACUGGAGCGAAGAAGUUUCUUUUCAAUUAGUUUUUCAUCAUGGCUCUACACUAAUAAUGAAAUAAUACUCAUCGAGUGGAUAAGUUACGUAACAAUUAUAUAAUCACAUAUCGACUAUAAACUAACAUUGAGUAAUUGAAAGAAAGAGGAUUAAUUAUAAUCAAAGUAUCAGAAGGGGUUUUGUGGAUAUUUUAGUAAUAUUUUAAUAGUUGAGAUCAUGAGUCAAUUGAAGCUAGACCACCAUACAAAACCUGGAAGCAUUGGACGGCCAUUUCGUCCUAUUAUGGGACUCCUCAGUAGUGAGCAUCCACGAUCCCGCCUCGAGAGAUCAAAGUAAUUAUUCGAAAAUCAAGCAGUUAUCACGUUGCAUAAUAUAUAAAAUGGGAAGAAUGAACUACAAAAUAUUUUGAUAAAUGGUCAGUAGUAUAGUAGUUAUGUAAGAAACAAAAGACGAAUGUUGAGAAUAAGUAAAAUACAAAAAGUACAAAAAAAAUGGAAGAAAUACGAAAAUAGAUUAUCAAAGUUCUGCUACAAACUCCCCUAUACCAAUGGCCAAAGUUGCAAGAGUGGUCGUACAAACUUCUUUCGGAUGCAAAGGUUUGAUUUGUGAACAUGAAUUGCAAUAGCUUUAGCAAUGUGCAAUCUCACAUUAGAGUUCUGUCUAAUCAAAAUGAAGUUGUAUAGUGUAUUUGAGAAUAAGUUUCAAAAUAUUCGUAAGUGCAAUAGAUUACAAAUUAAGUCUAAGAUUUUCAAUAACCUACAUAUUAUUCAAAAUAAUAUGUAUUAAGUCUAGAAAAAUUAGCUAAUUUUUUUCAUAAAACGACAGAAUUGAACUAACCUGUGAGUUUUAUGAUAUUUGAAUCAUAGCUAAUAAUAAAUUACAAAGUAUUUCGUCUUGUUUGGGACUAGUUAUCUGAAUUCCUGUCUAUAUUACUGUUUAUAUUCAUCCCAAAACUCGAAUCAGGAUGGAUCAAAAUUUUAUUAUGAUUAUUAACAACGCAAUAAUACAAAGAUAGAUAGUGGCUAGCGGCAGAAUCCAGGAAGCGCGUUUCGUUUUAUUCGGGACUCGUCUGCUGGAUGUACAUGCAUCCUGGAGUUGUUGUUCACUCCGGGACUCGAACCCAGUACGUCCUCUUCAAAUACCAAAUGCACAUAUGCCAUCAGGAGACUGAUCAAUUGCAGUCCUAAAUAACAAUGGGGAGAUAUAAGUAAAACAAUACCAACUCUCGGAUGCAGGUACAUUCGGCUGAUGAGUCUCAAGUAGAACGAGACGUACGCCUGAAUUCCUUUUCUGGCCACCAUUCAUCUUUGCUUAAAAAGCUUGUGACUUAAGGCUAUAUCGAGGCAAUCCUCACAUGAUAAACAUGUGCCAACAUGAGACUGAUCAACUGGAGUCCUAUAUAACAGUGGGGAGAUACAAGUAAAACAACACCAAGGGAAUAAUACAAAUGUUUAAAAAUAACUCAUGAGUAUUAUGCAAUAAUAUUCUGGUCAAUGAACUGUAUAAAGACAAACACCAUAAAUUAUUAUUGUAGUCCUAAUUUAUCUGUAGUUAGCUGGAGACAUUCUUACUUUUAUUAUUAAACUUAAAAGUUUGCACUUGAAGCUUUCCUUUACUGGCAAAUCUUUUUAAUUCAGUCUUUUAUUUUCAUAGGUUAGAAACAACCAAGUCAAACACAUCUUUGUACAACAAUGUAAACAGCUGAAUCCUUACAAAUUGUAUGUAUUGUUCUUAUAGGUUACGUAGAGUCCUAUUUAUGGAACAACUAGUCAACUGGAAAAAACAAACAAAACUAACUUUUCAACUUUAAAAUGAACAUUACUAUGCUCGUUUACAUAAUUUGAAGUAACAAUACAAUACUUGUGCAUUAUGAUAAUCAAACAAAAAUCCAAUGUGAUUACACUUAAUUAAAAUAAUUGAAGGCAAAUAACAUUGUUCAUAAUAAAAUAAAUAUAAUUUAAAUAUAGAGACUUAAGAUUAAAUGAUACAUGUCAAUUUGUUUAGCAUAAGUUCUAUACUGAUAUAUUUUGGUAGCUCAUUGUCUAUUUUGUUUAUUUGCCAUAGUAACAAACAUAGAUAACUUCUUAUGUCGUAAAUUAGUGCCGAAAUUCUUCAAUGAAAAGUGGCCACUUGAUUUCAUAAACUGAUUAAAGUCAUACAUGCACACACACUAUGUAUAUCCUGAACUUUGUACAAACUUCAGUAUUACUUAAAACUGUUAGAACGAUUAUGUAGUUGUUAAAAACAGCCACUUAGUAUAAGUAGCUGCUUAUCCUUUAAGGGCUAUCAUAAACUUUUAAUGUAAUACAUUUUGAUAAUAUAUAAAUUUAAUCAUUUGAUAAUAAUUUUUAUAAUUACUGAUUAACAUAUUGUUAAAUCUAUCGAUUCAUAUAAUUACACAAUUGAGAUACGCGCGAAAUAGAGAUUUGUCUAAAAAAGUGGUUCUUUAUUGAGUAAUAUACAUAGACUAGCUACAAACCUCAAUUUGUGAAGCAUCUGUGGAGUUUGCCAUGUAUGUAAGUCUGAAAUGAAAAAAGGCUUCUUGGAACAAUAAUAUACAGAAUAAUUACAAUAUACGAUAGUGCAAAUAACAGCUGAUAACUGUGUCUAAACUUGAUAGUAGUUUAUGGCAUGGGAAGAACGCCAGAGCCUUUCGAAGCUGCUCGCCUUUUCGUUUCAACGACCUUGAACGGCCUGACAAGACGCGGUCAUUCCGUAUUUCAAUUGCCGUAGGUUUGUUGGGUUGCAUGUGUAACAAGUUUUCUCAUAUUUAGGUCAUCUUUUGCUGCAUCAAAAAGCACAAAGUAAUUGCCAAAAGCAAUAAUUUAACGUUCUCUGUUUUGUAGUGUACAUGUUGGCUCUGUUGUUGCUUCGUAACUUGAUCCGUGAUCUCAACUGCUGUAGUAGACCUCAACGAAAUGUCAAGUCACCGGCAAAUCUUAAAUAUUUGUAGAACUUCCUUGGGUUAUUAUUGUUUCAAAGAAUAACUUUUUCAUAUUAAUGAUUUUUGUUUGUAGUGCUUCAUGCUCAAGUGACAUUUCAGUGGACAUUAGCGAUGCUUUUCAAAGUAUGAUACUGAACAAGCGUUUCGCAUGCUGGGAUGACUUUGAUAGCGCGCUAAAAGAGUUCCAAAAAACUACCCAUGCUCAUUACAUUCACAUGGAAAGCAAGUUGCUGAAGGAUGUCAGGUUUAAAUAACUGUUUGUUACGUUUCACUGUACAUUUGAUCAUAAGCGUAGUUGGGAAUGUUUGAAAGUGAAUCAAAAACCGUCUAAAUUCCUUGAUUGCCAGUCAAAGUUCCGUGUAAGACUGGAGGAGCAAGGAUAUGUCAUCAAAUCCUACAAGGUGCUCCACAAUCAUCCAUGUAGUAGUUUAUGGAUGGUUUGUGAUCCAUGGACAAGAAGAUUGUCGUCGGAAGAGAAAGAGAAUUCGAAGCCAGUCAUUUUGCAGUCCCGGUCAACAGAUGAAGUUAUAGAAAGUGUCAAGGAGAAAACUGGUAAUGUGGUCACCGCUGCUGAUGUAAAGACUAUGAAAGCUAAACUCUCGACAGGUUGUUGUACUCGAAAGCAGGUAAUGGAUUUGCUGCGACAAAAAGGUGAAGUGAGGGACCAUUUAGAAAAUGGAUAUGUAACGAGAAUAUGUUUCAGUAGUUAUGACCAAAUACACUUGCACAAUAAAUAUCCAGAAUUUGUAUGUAUUGAUUCUACUUAUAAUACCAAUAAUAAGAUGUGAUUAUGCUUUUCGUUGUAUUACAUUUUGUAGAUAUUCCUUAUUCCAGUUGGUUGUGACGGAUAAUUUUGGUCGAGGACGUUCUGUAAUGUUUGCUUGGACGCGAAAGGAAAUGCGUGCAGAUGUAAAGUGGAUUCUUGAAAAAUUCAAAGAAAUCACGGGAGCAACUACACGAACGGAAACAUUUGUUAUGGACUGCGGACGAGCAGAAAGCGCGACUGUCCGUAUCACACACGGUCAUGCAAACAUUAUUUUGUGCGCUUUUCACGUAUGUCGCGCUUUCCGCAAAAAGGUACACCAAUGGUUGUUUACAUAAAAUUGCCCUUAGGCACACGACAAAAUAUUGAGAACGUGCGUAAGUCGAUUGGUAACCGCAGAAAAGUUUGGAAGGUAUUUUUUUAAAUGUAUUUAUUCAGUAGAUUUAACCAAUAUUUCAGAAUAAUUAACCAGAGAGACAGACGAAUAGGCCAGUAUCUAUCUCGCUUUUGGAUGUCGCGUAAAAGUAUGUGGGCGCUUGUGUUUUAUAGCAGUGUUCUAACUCUGGGCAACAACACGAAUAAGUGUUGAGUCGCUUAAUUGCCAAAUAAAAAGAUAUGUACGCAAAAUGGACAGUUUGCACAAAUGUAUAUACAAGGUUUUCAAAUGGAUUACAAUGACAUCGUCUAGAAGAAGUGUUGAAGAUACAAUAAUGGCCGGAAGAACCUGUAAAUAUGAUGUUCCACAGCGCAUACUUCCGUCGCUAAACAUGCUGACGCCCCUCGCACGUUUAAAAGUCUUAUACGAACUGAAGAAAAUGCGUCUUGCUUACGUGGAAUAUGAAAACGGUGACUGGUUGUUUACGGUUGACUGCGGACAGCAUUAUGAAGUGGAUGUAAGCACUUGUGAAUGCAAUUGUAGAAUAUUUGUUACGUGUCAAUAUCCUUUACGAAAAGGCAUUUGAUAGCGUGGACAGAACAACACUAUGGAAACUUCUUCGACACUACGGCGUGCCUCAGAAGAUAGUCAAUAUCAUAUGGAGUUCAUAUGAUGGAUUAAACUGCAAAAUCGUGCAUGGAGGACAGUUGACAAAGUCGUUCGAAGUGAAGACCGGUGUUAGGCAAGGUUGCUUACUCUCACCCUUUCUCUUUCUCCUGGUUAUCGACUGGAUCAUGAAGACGUCAACGUCUGAAGGGAAGCACGGGAUACAAUGAACAUCUAGAAUGCAGUUGGACGAUCUAGACUUCGCAGAUGAUCUGGCCCUUCUAUCCCAAACGCAACAACAAAUGCAGGAGAAGACGACCAAUGUGGCAGCAGCCUAAGCAGCAGUAGGUCUCAAUAUACACAAAGGGAAAAGCAGGAUUCUCCGAUACAACACAGAAUGCACCAAUCCAAUCACAAUUGACGAAGAAGAUUUGGAAGAUGUAAAAACCUUUACGUAUUUGGGAAGCAUCAUUGAUGAACAGGGUGGAUCUGAUGCAGAUGUGAAGGCGCGGAUCGGCAAAGCAAGAGCAGCAUAUUUACAACUGAGGAACAUCUGGAACUCAAAGCAACUGUCAACCAACACCAAGGUCAGGAUUUUCAAUACAAAUGUCAAGACAAUUCUACUGUAUGGGGCAGAAACCUGGAGAACUACGAAAGCCAUCAUCCAGAAAAUACAGGCGUUUAUUAACAGUUGUCUACGCAAAAUACUUCAGAUGCGUUGGCCGGACACUAUUAGCCACAACGUACUGUGGGAGAGAACAAACCAGAUCCCAGCGGAGGAAGAAAUCAGGAAGAUGCGCUGGAAGUGGAUAGGACACACAUUGAGGAAAGCACCCAACUGCGUCACAAGACAAGCCCUCACAUGGAAUCCUGAAGGCCAAAGGAAAAGAGGAAGACCAAAGAACAUAAUACGCCGAGAAAUGGAAAUAGACAUGAGAAAAAUGAACAAGAAUUGGGUGGAACUAGAAAAGAAGGUCCAGGACAGAGUGGGUUGGAGAAUGCUGGUCAGCGGCCUAUGCUCCAUUGGGAGUAACAGGCGUAAGCAAGUAAAUCGAUAUCCUUGCCGCCAUAUGCUACUUGCAUAUGUUAAAAGACGAACUAUUACAGGUAGGCUUUAUUAAUUAUAAAAUAUAAACUGUAUAGCUCAUCAACUUCUUAGGCAUUGCAGCAGAUGGAAGUUACAUAUUACGCAGAACUUCCAAAAUAACACAACAAUUGCAUCACCGAGACGGAGUGAUGAGUACAUAAGGAUUCUACGACUCCAAAGAAUCUAUAUGCAUCACAUCAUUGAGAAAUAUGGUGAAUGUUUCGCGACGGAAGUUGAGAAAAAAGUCAACAAUUAUUAUUUAGGAAUUAUCAAUAACUUGUAAACUUGUUUUUAUGCCGCAGUAUUAAUGAUGAUUCAAUAAACUUUUGCAUAAUUCUUAUUUUCCUCUUAUUCCUACUUUCAUGGGGAUGAGUACCAAUAAUAUUCACAAGUGUCUGUAAGGAUUAAGAAGACAUAAGUGACGCUACUUCCACGUAAGGUCUUAUAGGUUAGGCACCCACAUGACAUAUUUACCGUCGUUGGAUUACGUUUAUUAUCAAAUUAGUAUCAGUACCUAUGUAGACUAUAAUUUCAUGCGAUUAGUUCUGCUUAUGAAUUUAAAUAAAACCAGAAAAAAUAUUGAUGCAGAAUAGUAUGCAUUCAUUAUAUUUCGUGGUUUCUCGUCAGCUGCUUACAACCAAAUAUGUAUUAGAAUUUAACAUUGAGGUAUGAAACAGUUGACAUAACUGAAUGUAAAGAAUUGGAAUAACGUAGGUUAUCAAUAAUAACUAUAUACAUAUGUAUAUAUGCAAUAACCGGCCAGAGGUUAUUUGUUGUUAGAAUCAAGGAAACAUUAAGGAUGGGUGGUGUAAUAAUCGAGUAGAGUUCAGAAACAGGUAAGUGUUGUGAAAAUUUUAUAGGUAAUAAAGGAUUCGUGGAUUUAAAAACUGAUGAGUUGGGUUACCUAAUAGUUGAACAGAAUUUGAAGAGUUCACAUAAUUGAAGAGGAUCAAGUGAGUGGGUGUAAGUGACAGUGUGGUUUAAGAAAUCGGUAACUAAAUAUGAAAAAAUAAAAUGAAAUAUUACGUAACCCAUCUUAUUGCUUUUUAAUUCCAUGAAUCCACGAAUUAUAAUGAAUUCACAUUAUUCUGCAUCAAUAUUUGUUCUAGUGUUAUUUAGACUAAUUAUACAUACUUACACGAUUUAUAAUGUAAAACACUGAGUAUAGUUGUAAUAUUUAUUUUUAAUUAAUUCAUUAGAUGAAUGAAAAUGUCAGUAGGCAAUAUAAAACACAGUUAUCGCGAACUUGUAAACUGGUUUUCCAAAAGAUCUUCCAUAGUCACUAAUUCCAUAACUUGUUCACCGGCUUAGACUUUAUCACAAAGCUUUGAGGACCUUAAUAGCUUCAUAUAAUUCAGAAAAACAACAAAUCAGUCGUGAAACAACACAACCAAACUUAGUUAUCAGUAUCACAUUUAAUAAGUGAUUUCGGAUUCCGUUAAUAGAAAUUCAUUGAUUAUCCUUACAACAGAUACAUCAAAAAUUAGUGUUAAUUACAAUUAAGUUCAGUUACUAUGCUAACAACAAACAGGCAUCGUGCGACUUAUGACGAAAAUGUGACUGACUAACGUGGCAGUUAUAGUUAUUUUAUGCACAGUUCCUUGAUUCAACCUACAUUUUACAAACAACUAUGAACAUCCAAGUUCAACACCACCAUAAUUAAGGACGUGAAUGAAAUGCAAUAGGAAUGCAGUGCAGUAGGAUUUCAAGAAUUAACUCAUUAAUACUUGUUAUUUGAUUCUAGUUCUUCUAGGGUUGUGUCGUAUCGUACACUGACAGCUUCAAAUCCCCAUCAUAUAACUAUGAACGACUCACUAUGAUAGUAGUUUGCUUUAUACCAUUUUUAUGAUGCCAAUCGCUUACCUUUGUAACGUGGAGUCGAGUUGAGAUUAACUAUGAACACCGCUACCAAGAAACACGUGCCAAAUAAAUCAGAAGGCGAAAGUUGAACGUAACCAAAGAAACCCAUAAAAUCUCCGAGAAGCCAAAUACCAGAAGGCAAUUAAUGGACCAAGUCGAUGUUUAUUUGCUGGCGAUCUCGUGGCAUCGAAAGGAUACCGAGAUCGUGCCAGGAUACAAGCUUGGUUACAGAACGUAACCGAAUUCGCGCGAAGUUACAAUCAAAGUGUAAGUAUAAGAAUGGAAGCACAAAAUAGCUGUCAUUAGCACAGUCAAACAAAAGCACGUUAAAACAAACACUGGUACAGUUGGUUAUAAUAAUAAUAAUUGUUUUUAUUAAACCAGUCGUGUUCUCGUGAUAAAUGUGAGUCACUACAGGAGCCCCCCGCUAGAAAAGGUUUACACUUUCGAUAAAUAGCGGUUUAAAUCGUGAGACUGAUCGGCUGACGAGCGAUUGUAGGACGGAAGAAUCGGCGAACAGGAAAGCGAUCGUUGAUCGUCGAGUUGCCAACGAAGGUCGUUUUCGGAGAACGGUACCAGGAGCGAUGUGCUGUAUGUAUUGCUUGAGUUGGCAUGCUACACCAGAGUGGUUUGUAUCCAGAAUCUGAAGAGGGCGUUCGUAGGGGUCCGGACCAGAAACGCUGCAGACGUAGGACGAAACCACGUUGAGCCAAAAGACCAGAAGCGACCGUAACGACCAUGUUCGAGACCAAGCGUAUGCCAAGCAUUCGAAACCAAUAUAUCGACUGAGUGCGUUGACAAGAGCAUGGGUGGCCAGUCCAGCUUUCGCCAAAGUUGACUGAAGUCGACGGAACCAAACGGAGGUGGUCAAAGGCGUGGGCUCAGGAAACAAAAAGAAAACCAAAAAAGAGAAGAGUGUAGCAUGCAUGUAGCAUAGGAAUAACACUACACCGUAUCGGUUGUUGACUGUGCGACUAGUCGCGGAAGCGUACGGGUAACCGUACUCGGCGACCGGAACGUGAGACGGCAGUCUCGUUCGUAUCGCGUGAGCCUGUAAUCUCAUCCGAGGUAAGAGGCGGCGUGGUCUGCUGAUCUGGACGUGAGACUAUCGUCUCGUCCGUAGACGGUGCAGAUGACGCGUGCUGUUGACCGGGAUGUGAGAAUGAGGUCUCAGAUGUAUCUAGCGUGGGACCUGAAGAAGAUUUAAGGAUCCCGCUAGGUUUAAUAGGUCUAGCAUUGAAUCUCAGGUUACCAGAUAGGGCACUGUCAUCGACGUGUGCUGGUUUGAGACGAUCAACGCUGACGAUCUCGACGCGUCCAUAUCAAUCAACCUUGAAGGUCUUUUCGUGAUGAAAGAUCACGUGAAAAGGGCCUUCGUAAGGUUGUUGCCAAGGUUUGCGUACCGAAUCUACUCGUACAAAAACAUGUGAACAGGUAGAUAACUCUCUCUCGAGAGCGACCUGUCGAUGUUGUAUUCGAGUUGACACCGGAGACAGCGUUCGCAUAAAUGCACAGUCGAUCGACGUAGUCUGAUUUACCGAAAUUAGGUCUGCUCCGUGGUGUGAAUUCUCCGGGCAGACGCAAUGUCGUGCCGUAUACCAGUUCAGCGGCGGAACAUUGUAUAUCUGCCUUCAAGCUCGUUCGAAUACCUAAGAGGACGAGCGAUAAGGUUUCGUACCAGUUGUCGUUCUCGUGUGCUCGUAGAGCACUUUUAAGUUGGCAAUGAAACCGUUCAACUUAACCAUUUGAUGCUGGGAGGUAGACGUUAAUGCGUAUGCGGAUGCAUUUCGUACCAAGCAGCCGGGUCAGCGAGGAGAAUAGUUAAUAGGGGAAAAUUUUUCGGAUAAAGCGUGGAAUUCAUCAUCACGCGAAUAAAAAGUAACAAGGAUUCGGUACACAUACAUGUGAGUCUAUUAUAUUAAUACUAUUCUUAUCGUUAUCCGUCAUGUCGAGUAUAUUAUAUAUUAAAAAAUAUGAAAAUAUACGACAGACGUGGAUAGAUAAAUCAUAGACCCACCGAAUUGGCUUCUUUGGAAGAUUCGACCAGAGAUUGUGUCGUGUUCCAGGAUUCGGGUCAACAGUUGUCGCGUGUUCCAAACUUUGGGAUCACCAAUUGUAGCGUGGCGUCGAGUUGAGAUUAACUAUGAACACCGCUACCAAGAAACACGUGCCAAAUAAAUCAGAAGGCGAAAGUUGAACGUAACCAAAGAAACCCAUAAAAUCUCCGAGAAGCCAAAUACCAGAAGGCAAUUAAUGGACCAAGUCGAUGUUUAUUUGCUGGCGAUCUCGUGGCAUCGAAAGGAUACCGAGAUCGUGCCAGGAUACAAGCUUGGUUACAGAACGUAACCGAAUUCGCGCGAAGUUACAAUCAAAGUGUAAGUAUAAGAAUGGAAGCACAAAAUAGCUGUCAUUAGCACAGUCAAACAAAAGCACGUUAAAACAAACACUGGUACAGUUGGUUAUAAUAAUAAUAAUUGUUUUUAUUAAACCAGUCGUGUUCUCGUGAUAAAUGUGAGUC